UCCUGGGGCAGGAACUCAGAAAACUUCCAGCCCCGGCAGCGCGCGCUUGGUGCAGGACGCAGGAGCGAGCAGCCCGUCCCCCUCCGACUCUCCCGUGCCGCUGCCGCCCGCUCCCGCCACCCGAGGAGGCGCGGUGCCACCCACUACUCCGUCCCUCGCUUGCGCUCAGUGCCCGAGCCGGUCCCGGCCGACUCUCCCCGUCCUGCCUCUGCUUCCCCACGGCCCAAGCGCUAUUUGUUUUCUCUCUCUCUUUCUCUUUCUUGCUCUGCGAGCCGGAGAGGGGGGGAAGAGGAGGAGGAAUUCUUUCCCCGCCUAACAUUUCAAGGGACACAAUUCACUCCAAGUCUCUUCCCUUUCCAAGCCUCUUCCGAAGUGCUCCCGGUGACCGCAACUCCUGAUCCCAAAUCGAGUGGGGAGCCUCUCCCGCUUGCAACCCUCUUUCUCUUCGCCUUCGCCUUCCUGCUCCUCUCGCUACCUCCACCUCCACCGCCACCUCCACCUCCGGCACCCACCCACCGCUGCCGCCGCCACCAGCAGCGCCUCCUUCUCUCCUCCUCCUCCUCCCCUCUGCUCUCUUUUGGCAGCCGCUGGACGUCCGGUGUUGAUGGUGGCAGCGGCGGCAGCCUAAGCAGCAGCCGCCCUCGCAGCACGCCCGCUCGCUCACCCUGCCUCGUCCUCCAGCCCUAUCGCCCCGUCUCCCGAAAGGUGCCGGGCGGACUCGGGGCGGCUGAGGCCAGCGGCUGCAGCGGCGGUAGCGGCGGCGGCGGCGGGAGGCAGGAUGAGCGCACGCGGUGAGGGCGCCGGGCAGCCGUCCACUUCAGCCCAGGGACAACCUGCCGCCCCGGCGCCUCAGAAGAGAGGACGCGGCCGACCCAGGAAGCAGCAGCAAGAGCCAACCGGUGAGCCCUCUCCUAAGAGACCCAGGGGAAGACCCAAAGGCAGCAAAAACAAGAGUCCCUCCAAAGCAGCUCAAAAGAAAGCAGAAGCCACUGGAGAAAAACGGCCAAGAGGCAGACCUAGGAAAUGGUCGUUCUUACAGACCGGCAUUGGCGACAGUGGCUUCCGUGCAAGUGUGUGUGAACCCCUAGGCACACAGAUCCUGUAUCUUUUCGAGGCCAGGAACUCAGUCAUCACUGAAGAGCUUCACUGAUCUUACCACUUGAACCUCUGUUCCCUUUGCUGCUACACUACCCAUGUUCUUCUGGGCUAUCUUUCCAGUGACAGAGGAGAAAAGUCUUAAAUGAAUAAAACCAUCUCUCAAGAAAGACAAAGGCAUCCUCCAUACCCAGUAUCAUGGGAUCUUGGCUUUCUUUUUCUCUCUUCCCUGGUGUAGUCUUCAUGCUUCCUCUUUAUUAAAAGUUUACUUGCUGCCAUGCUGGAUUAUGUUUUCCUGUUAGUGUGCCAUUCCUUUCUCCUUGAGAGUCCUGCAUCACUUUCUAUUUAUACUUUGGUAUUGCCUUACAUUUAAUUUAUUCAUCUUGUAUUUUUUUUUCCUCUGCUCAACAUGUGUUGGGAUUAGAUUUCUUAGCACAUGGAAAUGGGGAUGAUCUUUAGAUUAAAAACAUCUCAGUGUUACAGUGUAACCUUAAAGUAAGAGCAUUUCAUUCAACCUUUUUGUCAAUAAAUGAAUUCUCUCCAAACCUACCCACCAAGUGGUGAUCAUGUAGACUAUGCCUCCUGAUUCCCUUUAAUGUUAGGGAACUCACCACCUGUUCUGGCUGCCUCUUCCUUCCUAGAAAGCUCUGAACAUUAGAAAAUUCUUCCAUCCAACUCCCCGUAGCUUCUGCUCCCUGUCCCUAGGCCUCCCACCUGGGAAGACGCAGAGUAAUCGUUUUUGCUUCUACUCAUCAUAGACCUUUGAGUAUUUGAAGACAAUUAACACAUACCUCUUGUUCUCUUUUCUUGUUUGAAUAUCUCCAAUCCUUUCCAUUUUUUCCAGUAAAGGAACAUUUUUGUUAUUCUCUCCUGAGUAUGUUUGUUUUUAAAUCUUUUGAAAUAUGUCACCCAGAACUAAGUAUCAUAUUCCAGGUGUGGGCUCCGUAACCAGUGGGUUUGUCACCUCUCUUGUUGUACAUAUGGUUCCAGUUACCUAUUACUGCUUAAGCAACCACCCCAAAACUUAAUAAUGUGGGAGAAAAAGCCAUUUUAUUAUGCUCAUGGCUUCUUUGGGUCGGGAAUAGGGACAGGGCACAGCAGAAAGGCUUGUCUCCGUUUCAGGGUAUCUGGAGCUCUGCUGGGAGGACUCAUGCAACUGGGGGUGCCUCUCGUGCUUGGGGUCUGGCAUUGGGGGGCUUCUUCACUCACAGGUCUGGUGUAAUUGCAGGAUUGGCUUGAAGUCUGGGUGCCUCUGGGAGUGUCCACCGGAGCACCCACACACAUGGCCUUUCCAGCUUGGUGGUCUCAGAGUAGGUAGUCAGCCUUCUGACAUGCACUCAGGGCUCCCAGACAGAGUGUUCUGGCAAAUGAGGAGGAAGCUGGAAGGCCUUUUUUGACUUAGUCUCAGAAGUCAAAAAGUGCUUCUUCCAUUAUCCUCUAGUGAGCACACUGAUGUCUAAGUCGGUGUUGGCAUACAUAUCCAGUAUAGGUCUGCCAUUUCCUAAGCCUCAGGACUUUGAAAGGACAUCCUAUCCCACUGAACUAACCAGUAAGAAAGACCUGUGUAAACCUCCUAGGAGGCAAGUAAUAGAAAGUCGCUAAGUUCUUUGAAGUUGUGAGACAGAUGCUGCUAAAAUGAAAUGAAAUAAAUUGUAAGCAAAUACAAUAAAAGUUGAUGAGCUCAACAGCUUCCAUCAGGUGUGUCCUCCUUUUUUGCCCAGUGUUAUUGAGAUAUAAUCGACAUAUAACACUGUGGAAGUUUAAGGAAUACAACGCAUUGAUUUGGUGCUUAUAUAUUGCAAAACGAAUACUGCAGCAGUGUUAGUUAAGGCCUCUGUCAUCUCAUGUAAUUAUCAUUUCCUUUUUUGUGGUGAGAACAUUUAAGAUCUACUCUCUUAGCAACGUUCAGGUAUCUAAUACAGUAUUGUUAAUUAUAGUCACCAGGCCAGAUCCCCAGAACUUAGAAUAGGAAGUUUGUACCCAUUUCUCCCACCCUGCAGCCCCUGGCAGCCACUAUUCUGCUGUCUGUUUGUAUAAGUUUAGCGUUUUUUAGAUUCCACGUAUAAGUGAGCUCAUACAGUAUUUGUCUUUGUCUGUCUGACUCAUCUCACUUAGCAUACGGCCCUCAAGGUCCAUCCAUAUUGCGGGGAAUGGCACGAUUGUCUUCUUUCUCACGGCUGAAUAAUAUUCCACUGUGGGUACAUGUGCCAUCUCCUUGAUGCAUUCACCUGUAGACGAACACUUAGGUUGCUUCCACAUCCUGCCUCUUACCUGAUCUCUCAGCCUUUCGUCUCUUCUGCCUUUGGGCUAUCCUACAAUGUUCGCCAGUUAACCUCCACAGGUCAUAGUCAUGUCACUUCUCGGAAACGUUCUGUGGUUCCACAGCUGGCCACUGAGUUAAUUACAACCUGCCCAGCACUCUGAGGUCCCCACAGUUUACGCUCACCUAUAUGGCUUUAUUUCCCACCGCUCUUCCUCACACAGCCGAUGUUUCAGCCACGCUGGAAUUAAACUUGGAGCAAUUAAAGGAUCUCUAUGUUUUCUCUCAAUGGAUUCUUAGUCAUUUAGGGGAGACCUGCAUUCCAGCAUCUGAUCUUCAUGCUGGCUAGGAAGCUCACGUGGGGCAUCCCCCGCGGAAACUGUUGCCUUUCUGGGAAUCAUUGGACCAUCCUCCUUGACUGUCAGGAUUUCUAAUUUUUACUGGCUGUGAGAAUGGAAAAUAUUGUAUAGUGAAUUGUUACAAGUCCCUGAUUUGGUCUCCAAAGAAGAGUUGUUCUACUUAGAAGCGGAAAUAAAAGGAAGUUGUCUAUUUUUUCUAGACAGCGUGUUCCCUCUUUGCUGGGAUAUGUCCUGUUGGGUAGAGUAUGCAGCCGGUCACAGCCAAGCGUUCCGUUCAAUGGCAUUCUUUACUGGAAGGCUUGUACUAAAGAAAUAAAUUACUGCAUUUUCCAUAGGAAAUGGGCUUGUACUUUAUAGUAAGUUCAAUUCUUUCAAACAGUGUCAUUGACUGAUUUCCUUGUAUUAGAGAUAUAUUUUUGAACUGACUGGAUUUACUAGAUACAUGGCCUAAAAGCGAAAUUGCUUCCCUUUUAUUCUUCUGGGUGGUUUUGUUUUGCUUUAAAGUUCUUUUGCUUUUAAAAAGAUGUCUUGUAAAUCUCAUAGUGUCGUGCAACAGGCCUGGAAGAAGGUAUCUGCAGUAUACCCCUCUCCCCUGAUGUGGCUGGAAAUGGUGGUUGGUAGGUUACUCAAAAGUUGAUUGACCAGAAGUAUGUAGAUGUAGGAGCGAAAUUUGUGCCAAUCUCGCUUCUGGAGAGGAUGGAGUGUUGGCUAAUCCAGUGAGACAUUAACUAGAUUUGAGUUUAGGCUACUUCUGUUGUUUGCUAUAUUCUCCUUUGCCUUUUUCUUUCCUUCUGAGUUUGAAUUAGAUUUCGGAUCGAUUGUUUUGAUGAGCUAGUCUGGCCUUUCAGAUUUUGUUUUUUUUUUGGUCUGGAGAGAGGACGGAGAGGUAGGACCUAACUUUUCUCCUGGUCUUAUAGCUGGGAGCUCAGGACCUGAAUUCAGACGGCCCAUCACUUGACUAACUAUGGGAGCUUGAGCAAAUUACAUGACCUUUUAAAGGUUCAGUUUCCUCAUCUUGAAAAAGGUAGUAAGAGUAGUAUAUUCCUCUUAGAGUUGUUGUGAGGUUUAAAUGAGCUAAGGCACGCAAAGGCUUAGUAAAGGGCAUGGUGCAUAGGAAGUGCUCAGUAAAUGUUAGAAACUGUGAUGAAUUCCACUGUAUACGAUGAAUUCCACUUUCGAUAUUGCCUAAAUGUCUACAUAGAUUUCUAAACCCUAAUUCCUCAUAACUACAGUGGGAGUGACAGUAUGGGUCAAAAUAACCAGCUACCCUUGGUGGUAUCAUUAUGGCCUCCGUAUAUCUAUGCUGAAUAUCAUCAAGUUUAAGAAUUACUUAUAAAUAAUACUAAAGUACAUUUUAAAUCUAUUUGUAGUUAAGAGGAAAAUUUUACAUUGCAUCUUAUAAGCCUUUCUUCUUAUUGUACAGGUUUGAUGUUGUGUGUUGUUCACCAGUUUGAAAAGUAGUCUUUCUGCUGUUUCAAUAUGUACACGCAGUUUCUCAGAACCUGUAUAGAAUCCCAUUAGUCUGUCCUUCUGCCAAUGGAAAGGAGGCAUUUAAUAUUUGGGUUUUCAGUUUUUGCCUAGGAAAGGAGCUCAUCACAUAACUGAUUUAGUGAUGGGAAAAUAUUUGGAAAAAGUUUUAGAGGGUGGAGCUAAGGCUCAAGAAUACAAUGAAAUAACAAAGAUGUUAACCUCGAGUAUGAAAUGCUCCAUCCAGAUGUCGCUUAGUGAAGCAGCUCGUGCUUCUGGAGGAAAAGAAGCAAGGACCAAAUAAUGAAGAAUAAAUCAGUGAGAACAAGGGAUGUUUUUAGGUGUUUUGUUUUCAGAAUACUUUUAUGAGAAAGGAAAUUAACAACAGAAGGGAAAUACUCCCCAAUAUGAAUUAAUGGUUUCUAAAGAAAAAAAAUCAUUCUAGAGAUACUGAGAUUGACCUAGAAAUUGACCCAAGGACCAGAUGCUGAAGCUUAACUUCAAUUGGUCACUAGAAAGUUACUUACAAACCACAGCUGUUUUCUUGGGUUGCUGAUUCUCUUUAUUUGGUAAUGGGGUGUGUGCAGUACGUCGAUUUAAAACUAUGCAUUUCCAUUCCAUCUCUUUUGGGGGGGCAGUUGUCUUUCUUUUAUUAAAGAGCUUGUGAUACACAGGAAAGUGAUGUAAUUUCAUUUGCUAGUCAAACAUGUGAGGUUUCUAGAUAGGCAACAAGGGCUUUUUGUUUUUCCAAGUUUGGAGAAAUCUAGAAACUUAAGUGAUGAUUUGAAGAUCAAGUAGGGAGACUAAAUCAGAAUAAAAUCUGUUACAACUGGACGGAUUGAAACUCUGGAUUUCUUCUAAAGAGCCCACGCAUUAAUGUAUGGAGGAACCUGGGAAUCUCAUGCUGAAGUUAAAAUGUUAGGUUUUCAUUUCCAUUACUUUUUCCUUCCAGAUGUUUGUUACUUUUGUUUUUUUAAACUUUUAGCCAUUUGUAAUUUAACACUUGCUUUGUUUAAACUAAAAUAUAACUUCAGUGUUUAGGAAGGAAUAUCCAAUAAUGCAUAUUGCAGAUAAUUGUAACUUUUACUGGAGUCAGAGGGAAAGAAAUUACUUUGAUAUAACAUCAAAAACUGUCUGCUAAUGGAGUGUGUGAAGGCGAAACCAUUUUCCCAUAGAAACUUAUAAUAACAACAUGCUUUGAAAAACAAGAGAUGCUCCCUUUAAAACACUUGGGUUUUUGAUAUAUGCUCAGUAAUUAAAAUAUAAGUUUUCUGAUGUAUCUAAUGUAUUCAAAAUUGGUAAGCAGUAUUUUCUGAAACUAUCUCCUUUGUGAUAUUUUGUGAUAAAAAUGGAGUACUUUGCAAACCCUAACAGAGCUCUGUGGGGAAACGUGGCACGUUUAUUUUGUUUUUUAAUAGCUUACUGCAAAAUUCACUAAAGUGAUUAUUCAUAAUUGCAAGAUUAAAUAUGAAAAUACUAAUAAAUAAAUCAUACUCAGAAGGCAGGAAUUGGAUUUGAUCAUAAUUUGUUCAAGAUUAAGCCUUUUUGUUUGUUUGUUUGAAUGUUGAAGUGCUGUUCUUAAUUAUUUUGUUAAAUGAAGUUUUUAAAAAAGGAGACAGAUAACCAACCCUACUUGGUCAUCCAGUUCAGUUUGGCUGGGCCAACGUCUACCGGAUCCUGACUGUUCAGGAUUAUACAGACAUCGACUUUGGGGUCCAUGGCUCAAGUGAUACUGCCCCAGUACCACAAUGGUCAUGUGGUCUCAUUAAACUAUAAUCAAGGAAGAGCAUGUUUUUCUGCCACUUGUGGUUGAGUGGCAAGUUAUAGACAGGAGGUAGUUCAGAUAAAAAUCCUGUCCCUCUACACAAAAUAAUCAGAUCGAUAAAAUCGUGCCCAAGACAGUUAUCUCAAUGUCAUCUAAUUAAAUGACAAGUAUUAUAGAAUUCAAUGACCGUUUUAUAUGACAGUAAAUGUAUUAAGGACUUUAUCCAUAUUUACCUAUGCUUACCCAAAUCUGAGUAAUUAUGGAUGGCAGUAAAUAUUUCUAAAAUAUUGGAAACCCUCAUGUUGUAUAUAAAUAAAAUUAUAUGGUAUGUAUUUUUUUACUAGGUAAAACUGUUACUCCAUAUUUCAAGAGAACAAUUUUGUUCUGUGUUGAAGGGUAGAGUCUGUUUUUAAGAUUUUUUUUUAAAUCAAGGAGUUCUUGAUUCGAAACUCUUCAAUAUUUGACACAAAUAUUUAAACAUUUUUGGUAAAAUUUCAAGCGAUGGGAUUUAAUCAAGCCUGCCGUCUCUACUCUGGACAGAAAUAAGGACCUCUGCGUUUCGAUGAGCUGGGUACCUUUGGGCGCGUCACCUGAUUGACCCAUGCUUUUUCUCCUGUUUAAGUACCUGACGGGAACCUUCCAUCCGUAGCUAAUGGCUGUCAAGCAUUUGGGGUUGUAAAACACAAAACCUUUAUUGCUACACCAGCUCUAUUAUCCAGAGCGGGUUAUUGAGUUUGUAGGUGACCCAGCCUCCUGUCUCCCUCUUUGUUUUGUUUUUCCCCCCCACCCCCACCUCCUUUGGCCAUUUCGCUGCUCUCUGGCGCCUCCACCAGAUGGAGGGCAGGGCCAGGAACAGGGCGUCAACUGUGCUAAAAGGCUUGGUGGGAUGGAGGCUGAAAGAAAUGGCAGGCACAGGGCUUUCAGAUUAUUUGUUGAUUUGAUAUAUCCUGGCUACCCCCAGACUCUGUCCUUGGGGUGAUUCACUGCAGCCAUGACCCUGAAAUUUGUUUUUCAUUCAUUAUUUACUCUUAGGAUAAAUGUGAUUUUAGAAGUAAGAUGUCACGUCUUUUUCAGGAUGCCGUAGGAAGCAAGACUCUUUUUGUAUUUCCUAAGUGCUGAGGAGAGGUUGCAGGUCAGGCUUGGCUGGGCAAGUGUUUGCUCCUGUUCAAAUCUAGAAGAACUGCACUAAGUCUGCUCUCACGUUAGACUCGGGUGUGGAAUGACAGUUCCUUAAAUUCAGGCCAAGCAAGGUUGCCUUAUGAGGUUGAAAGAGUCCUCUUUAGGUGUUUAAAGAUCGUGUAGCUGACCCUGACUGUGACCAGGAGAAGCUGUGGCAUCACGCAGAAAACUCGCUUAGAGUAUCUCUUUGAGCAGAGUAUGUGCAGAAGGCGUAGCAGAUGAGACGGACAACAGAGAGAAGACCCCACUGACACACUCUCUUGUUCACUUGUGCGUUGGCUUGUCUCUGGCUCGGCUGGACCCUGGAAGACCUAGGGCUCCAGCCGUGAGACCCUUUGAUUUUGUGAUUUUCCAUUUGUCUGAACAUUUUGCUCAAGUCUUCUGACAGAGUUAUAGAUGGAGUCCUCUGCUAGGUCCUGGAGAUCUGGAGGCCGACAAGGUAGGUGGGGGCUGCCUUUGGGGCGUGAACGGUCAGGGGAGCCGACAAGGAAGACGUAAUGGCCGCCCAUUUGAGUACUACCCUGUGCGUUGGAUUUUGUGAGGCUAAAUUAAAUUCCAGUUUUCUAGUAUUUUGAGCUCUUUAGAAUUGAACAGUCCUUCCACAGAAGUGGUUCUGUUGCUUUCCAAAUCCUGCUAACAUUCUGUGUCAUUAUUUGAAUUUAGCUAUAUAUCGUUUCUGAAUUAGUUGUACUAGUGGGUCUGGGGUCAUGUUCUCUCAUGAUUGCCACAGCAAAUAUCAGGGUAGUAUCACAUGCAUACGUAUUUGAUUUAUCAAAAUAGUGAGUCAAAUUUUAUCUAGUUAAGAUAGGCUUUCAAAGAUAGGCACUAAACCGUCAAAUACAGGCUCUAAAAAGAGGAGGGGAAAGGGAAUCAGAAAGACCAGGAUAACUCUAUUGAGUCACCACCCCAAUAUAUGUUGAUCUUAUUUUUUCUCUUUGUUCAUGCUGAAUAUAAUUUAUAUUUAUCAGGUAACUUUAAAAUCACUAGGUGUUAAAGUAACUAAUUAUAUACUUUAAUAUUUCUGAAUAGUGCUACCCUUUGUAUUUAAAAACGAGCUCUUUGAGAGUCGAAAGCAUAUCAUAUUUAUCUUUUGACCCUCGGCACCUAGAACCUGGGAGGCAAUUCAGGAAAGUGAUUAAAGUGUUCAGACUGCCCGGGUUUAGUUGUCAGCUUAUCAAGGCAAGUUGCUCAUUGUCACCAGCUACGCUCUCCCUGUGUGUAAAACAAAGGGUAAGAAUGUUCUCAUUUCAUAGGGUUAUUUUCUAAGAGUUAAAUGAGAAGCCAUCAAAAAACUUUAUUCAACGUGUCACAAGCACUCAAUAGAUCAUAGCUGUUGACGUUAGAGCAGGUCCAGGCCCAUGGCAGGACUUAAUAAAUGUUCGGUGAAUAGAAUGACAGUGUGUGUAGAGCAUGGUCUUUGCAUUUGUGUUUCAACCCAGUAGUGAAUGUGGAUUUGAAUUGCAUUUUUGGCUUUUUUUUUUUUUAAUCUGAUGGUUUGUAUGUUCAAGGAGGCUACACAAGGGUUAAAAAGCACAGCCUGUGGGCAUCAAAGCAGUGUUUGUAAUAAUUUCGAAUUCCAGCCUAUGCCUUUCCACUUAAGAGGUAAGCUGUGAGCCACUAUCACCCAGGCCCAAUACAGACGUUGAAUGCCUUGCCCUAUGUUAGUAUUUCCAUUCCCUCACUCCUGGAAAUAGCAUUCUGCUUUCCAAAAUAGACUCUAGUGCUGUACCUUAAGAGAAUUUUUGUCACAGCUUUGGAUCAUCAGAAAAACAGAAGAGAGCUUUGUUGGCACAAAAUAAUUUUCUAAGGUAGUUUCUGAUUUUUUCCUACAAAAACUCCUUUUAAUUGCCUGUCUCCCAUUUCCUUUACUCCUGAUUUUUAGUACUAAUGUGAAAAUAAAGGAGGAAAAUCAGUUAAUAAUCUGUUUCUUUGACUUCUUUCAAGGGGUAUUUGAAGCCCUUAAAGUGACACAUAAAGCAGCGGGGUGUACAGCUCGGGAUUCACUGGGGAAAACCUGAUACCCCAGGUUCACGUCACUACAGGAAUAGCAUAGGUAGCAAUGUCACAUAACUUAGAGGUUUAAGCAUUAACAUUACCAAUAAAGGAAGUGCAGGUCUGCCAAGUUUCCAGACAAUCCAAAUAUUUUCAGUCUUGAGGGAGCACCCGAUUACAGGAAGCACCACAGCCCAGAGAGGUGAGAGAAUUGCCCGUGGAGGAGCAGGGAAUCAUACGAUUAUGGCUGAUCUGUUCUGUAAAGUACCGUUUGUUUUGCAGUCUUCAUCGGUCCCUGUUCAGGAUGAUUCGGAUGUCAGAGAAGACAUAUAUCACCCAGUUUGUGUCAGAAGCCGAUCCUGGAGUGUAAUUUCCUUAUUACAGAAUCUCAGCCCUGCCUUUUCUUUCCUACCAUCAUUCUCUCAGAUGGCCCGACGUCAAUGUUCUUUAACAUCCCUAAAGGAAAUUAAUGAAGUAUUUGCAGGCCCAGGCCCACUCUCAGUUACUAGAUCUGAGGUGGAGUUGGAGUGAAUGAACAUGACCAUGUCUGUGGUCUCCCUUCUCUUGAGAGACUGACAUUCAACAAGCAGUUCUGUUCCUGAGGCUGGGCGUGCACCCUAGGAGUUUAAAGGAAAGAAUGAAAGGCUCUGUGUGACAGUGCUGUCCCUCCUCUAAUGUUGUCAUCCUCCUGUGCUCUAAAUAAAUUUUAAAUUUCCCUGUUAGGAGUAAUUAGAGUUUGAUUUUCCAUCCUUCAUUCCCAUUUCUUAUCUUUGGACCAUAUAUUUCCUAUACCUAUUGGAUGAAAAUGAACUCAUUCCCAACCCUAAUUCCUCCUUAUAAUUCCUUUCAUUGCAGUUGGUGUAGAGUUGAAUGACAUUCUGGUUUUUUUUGCUGUUGGUAGAGUGCUUGUUUCUAGGCUGUCAAACCAAGGCGAUGGCAGCGCCUGUGAUUUUGUUUACUAAUGCUCUUCUUCCAGUGGUCGCCUACUUUUUUGUGGACAUUAAAACUUGUUAAUGAAUCAGCCAAGUGUAGGAUUUUGUACACUGCUUUGUAUCCCGUUUAGACAAUUGAUGAACUACACAAAACCAUUUAAAAUCCAUCAUUUUAUAAACAACAAAAUGAUGACUUUGUCGAAUACAUAGUCUUAAUCUACUUUGCUGUUAAAUCACUAAUCUCAGUGGAGAUCAAUUGGGACCCUUUUCAAUGGUUGACACCUAUGGGAACAGAACCUCUAUUAUCUUACUUGCAUUCUUGAAAGCUCUUAGAAGUUCCUCAGUGAAUAUGUACAAGGAACUAAUUCAUGCCACACUCCCUUGUACCGCAUAGUUUCCUGCUGUGAUAAAGCAAGUGGGCUUAUGUACAUCAUGGGAUUAAUAGGAUGUUCAAUGUUCGUAGCUUGUAUAGUGUGAGAGGGCUUGGCCAUACAUGGUCACAGUAUGAAGAUUUCCCUUGUGACUGACAUUUUUUUGCUAAAAAAAGAGUUUUCUGCCUGGGAUUAUUAUAAUGUGGUAUGUAUUCAGCAUUACUACUUGCUAUUCUUUUAAGUAAAUAUGUUACAAUAAAAAUUUAGACCCCACCCCCCAUUUGAGAAGCUAACAUUUUAUAUCUAUAAGGCACACGCAACUUUUUAAAUUUGCGUGAAAAGUGGGGUGUCUUAUUUUGUGGUUUUAUCUUUUCAUGAAUUAUUUUGAGUCCAAGAAAAUAUUUAUAGUCUUGAAACUAUCUUUGGAGACAAAUCUCCCAAUGUAUAGGAAAAAGCCGUCUCGAAAGGAGAUUUCAUGAGUACCCUUGGUAAUGGUGUGCAAGUUUAAUCACCCUCGCUGUGAUGGGAGGGUCUGAACGCGGUCAACCUAAAUUUCUCCUUAUACGGCACUCAGUCCCUUCCCUCUUGUCUUGUUCUUAACGGGGAUGCAGAACAUCUGGCAUGUCCCUCUUCAAAAUAAAUCUUCCUACUUGGGGCAGUGUAAAGUGUACACACUUCGGGUCUAACAGAUCUGGGUGUGAGUCUAGGCCUUAUUACACACUAGACUGGCCAUUCUUCCCUCUCUGAGCCUAAAUUCCUUCCUUUGUAAAAUGAGGCUGAAAAUCCCUCCCUCGCAGUUUUAGCCAAAAUGUCUAGUUCCUAGUAAAGGUCAAAAUAUGGUACUUUGUGGGGCUAGCCCUGUGGUGUGCCGGUUAGGUUUGUGCGCUCUGCUUUGGUGGC